AUGAGGUCAGAGAAGCGGGCCAAGCGAGAGCAUGAAAGUCGUGAGGAGCUUGUCAAUGCCCUUCAGGAUGCUACAUUCUUGAAAGAUGGUCAGGCUUUCACUGUUUCGGCGAAGGCUGGUCAAACAGGGGGAAUACGGAUCGUGCUGCAGAAACAGCCAGGCAGGGGCAAUCGUUUCGUCCGGAAAAUUGCCUUCGCAAAGUUUGUGAGGGCUGCUUUCGGAAUGAAUACUUCCAAUGUGGCGUUAUCUGCAUUGCUGAAUGUUGAUGCUAGCACAAUUCCUCGAUUACAGAAGACAUGCGCCGGAGUAUUUAUGGCCUCGCAAACCCGACUGCUUGCUCGAAUAUUGUUGUACUGCCAAAGGAACAAACCUCUUUCGGUUCAUCGGCAAUUCAAGUGGGACGAGAGUACCAUUAGCACAACUUUGAAUCCGGGGGGAGUCUCGCAGCCUGUCCGGUCAGCUUGGUCCAUGCUUGUGGCGAGAGCACGACUACUCAUUACAUGGAGCUCUGGAGCCACACUGUUGAUGAGAGUUGUCCUCCCAACGAUCCCACUAAUUUCGAGUACAGCUCAGCAGAUCUAUUAUGGGAUUCGACAUCAUCCCUCUUAUUAUGCUGUCAACCACAUGCUGGAUUUGAUUGAUGCCACAGCCGAGCUUAGGUGCACCGUCCAGGAAAUGGACGGAGCAUAUGCAAACUUGAGGUUGCACCAUCACAUGCUAUCCCUCAAAGAGUACAAUCCUCAAGAACCGGGGGGGGCAUACCUAGCAACGGCACGAUGUCAGAGUCAUGCCACUCACUUGAUCUCUGUAUCUAUGCUUGCCUUGAUAGGGGGAAAUCUGCUUGCCCGACUUUACGGACUAUGUGUUUUCCUUCGGAACCUGGGAUACCUCCUUCGGUUGCAACUGGCAUUGAAGCAAUGGCUCGAGGCCUUGUGGAUUCUAUGGGUUGCUAAAGCUUUGGUUGCCAAGUCUUGGUUUGCAAAGAAGCUCAUGGCUCCAAUUGACAAAUUGGACAUUGUGCCAGGGCCUUCGGAUGAUCUUGAAGCUGAUGUUUUGAUGCAAGAAACCACAGAUUUCUUGGAGACGUGGCAUUAUCAGCAGCAUGGGGAGGGUGAUGAUGGCGAAGAUGGUUCUGCACAUACACGAGCGACAUUCGAAAAAAACCUUGCAGCUUUCAAGGAGUCUUGGAAUGGCAGCUUCACUGGUAGGCCUAUGCAUCGAUGCGGCUUUGAUCAUGGUGCAAACAAAUCUGACAUAGUGGAGAGGAUGGCAUCGUCUUUUAUUGCCUUGCUCCUUACUUGUUUGCCGGCUGUGCCGGCGCCGAACAAGUGGACCAAAAUCUUCCCCAGUUCCGAUUUUGUUGCCAUGGGUGUGUUGAUAAAUUCCUUCUUGCCGAGUCUGUUCGAGAUAGCAUUCCAACCAGUUAUGUUCAAGACCGAUGAUAUGAAUCAUCAAGACCAGGAUGCUGAUCCCCGACUAUUGGAAGGGCUUUUCUUCAGUGCUGUCCAAGGAAAGCGAUACUUGGCUUCCAGGGAUUUUUUAGGAAGUUCAGAUGCUCAGUGGUGUUGCCGUUGCUGGUUGAUUGUAUCAGAACAUCUUCGAAGAUUGGUGUACUUCUGGCUGCGGAACCUGAAGCAGUCCAACAAUCACCGAAAAACAUGUUCUAUAUUCCAGCUGCUAGAUGUGCGGAACAGUGCAAUUUGGGCAGUUCUCCAGAAUGUGGCCCACCAGCUGUUGGAUGAUCACGGCCGGCACCGAUUGUGCAUGAUGUGGCGAUGGGAUGCUUCCCAUGCCUGCUGUGUGAAUGCAGGAUUUGCUAGAGCACUCAAGAAACAGAACGUGUCAGCGGAUGCACUGGCCUCUGAUGCUCAGUUUCGUGCUCUAUUGAAAGGAUUGGCUUUACUCCUGGAUCUCAGUAUUGCAGACGUCGAGUGCAAGCAUGCUUUAUCCAGACAUUGGAGCGACAGGCCAUUUCCUACUUUGACUGCAAAGCACAUUAAUAAGGAAGCAUCUGUAGCUGUACAUGAAGCUGUCCAACAAGCCGAAUCACUUCUUCAUCCUGGCAAGGGUGCUGCAGCAGCUUUGUCUGGGACAUACAAGGUUGCCAACAAUACGAUCAGCAUCAAAGCCAAGCACAAACGAGCAAAAUCAGGGUACAUGUUCUUCAGAGACGACUUGAUCAACAUCAUGAAGCAGACACAUGGAGCAGUCAAUCCGUGCAGCAAGGACUUUUGGUCUGAAUUGAAAAAGUCUUGGGAGAAUCUGCCGCAGCAACGAAAAGAUUACUACAAUGAGUUGGCAUUCCAGGCACAGGGUCAGGCAGCCCAGGCCAAAGAGAUUGCGAAACGGCGAGCUGGGCAUCCGAACUCAACUUCAUCGAGCAGCCUGGAGGUUGCGACUCCCGAGGUCCCCGUAGCCCUUUCCCAGGAUUCCCAGGGAGUGCUUCUUCCUUUGGCAGUGCCUGGUAUGCAGACCACUUCCACUGCUCGUGUUGUUUCUUAUAAUCCCUGGGUUCUGGCUUCUGCGGUUUUCGAGCCUCCGGACUUACUAGAUGUUGCAAGGGACAUUCAGAAGCACUUUCAGGAGCGAUCUUCCGAGACAUGUCAUCAGGAUCUCAGGGAUGAGUGCAUCCGACUGAGCCCAAUUUCUGAGGAGCAGCUUGAGAAGGUAUGGAGGCAGAACCUUGCCAACGGUAUCACGUGGGCUGCUGCAUUGAAGCGGUACAAUGUGGAAUCUCAGAGGUUUACUGUUCCGCCUGCUGCAGAUGUUUUUCCGGAGAGGGUCAAUUAUCAGGGAUGUUGUGGAGUGUUCUGCAGAGAUACUGCUAGUCCUCGUGAUCUGCAGUUGUUUGCAAAGCUGCUUGUGGCUUUUGAUCGUGUGGUCGCCGGGUGCGGGGCUGUGGCUGUUGCCAGCAAAACCGAUAUCCUGAUCAAGCAUUCCUUGAUGACAUCGGCAGGGGAUAUAGCAUAUGAAACCUUCACUUGGAUGACGGCGCUUUCAGCUCGCAGUGGCAUUCAUGCCUCUUCCCAGAUCUUCGUGCUCUUGGAUGUUCUGGAAGAGCAUGCCGUCCCAGGUGGUUGCAGGCUUCGAUUGGCUUCCCAGGCUCCAGUGCAGUCUCGUCUCAAAUGGUGUUCACAGCUCCUAGAACAAGGUCCGCUGAAGCAUUACACAGAGCAAGAAUUUGCAAAACACUUGCUUGAACGGUUUCACGAAUUCAGUGCAGAUACGAUUUCCUUGACUCGUCUAUCUUUUCGGGACGUGAGUCUGUCGACAGUGGAUAUCACGGGUGUCUGGCCGGGAUGGACAGAGUUGCUUGUGAAUUCUGAUGUUGGUGCUGGUCUUCACGUGGCAGCUGAUGCUGGGGCUGGACAGGAUGUUCAGGCAGCAGAUGCCGUUGCCGGCCCGGCAGGAGGUGUCGCAGAAGCAGCGAGUUUCGAUUUGUUGGAAGAAGUAGUGGGUGGGGUGUCUAGGGGCCGUGGCAGAGGCCGGGGCAGAGGCAAGCAAACAUCCUCGCAACUUCGCCAGAAAUUGGUGGCCUCACUUCCUGUCGAUCCACACUUGCAGGAACAUGUGGAGGCUGAUCUACAAGCACUACUUGCAGAAGAACAAAUCAUGUUGCCGGAUCCUGCCGUCGGGAGAGAUGCUGUUGGGGAAGGGCAUGUGCAUGUAGAGAAUGCUGGCAACAUGCUGGAUGAUCCUGUCUUGCUAGCCUCUCUGGAUGCUGAGUUCAAAGAAUCCAUGCUGUCUGCAGCCGCUUGUUGCACAGAAGCUAACACAGGUCAGAGUGCGAUUUUCGAAGAGUCCGGCGACGAAGCCAUUAUCGAAGAGUCUUGUGAAACUGUAGAGCAAGACAUAGACCCACCGCCAGCCACUGGUGGAUCUGCAGACGAUGAAGGGGCUGAGCCGUUUGAGGACCCAGAUGAACUUGUAUCUUUUCCUACGGAUAGCCUCCCUCGGGGUUCCAGAGAUCCUGUGCCGCCUGUGCCCGUGCCUUGUUCGGACUUCAGAUAG